CGCUUCAGUCGAGUUUUGGUCGUUCCGGGCGUCGGAAAGACGGACCUUCGUCGGUGCUCGUCUGCGUCGUUCCGGCAACAUCCGUCGUUGCUCGCCCCUGCAGUGUCAGUGUCUGGUGGAGUAGGUGUAGGUCGAGAUGUCUUGCUUCUUUCCCUAUUUCUAAGGUGCUUCGUCGAACGGUGGCUGCCUUGCAGGAAGGGGGUGCUGAUUGUGCCAAGUGUGCGUAUGUGCGUGGGUGGGUGAUAUAGAUAGAAGUGUGGGUGUGUGUGUGCGUACGUGCGUAUGUGAAUGUUCCUGCUGUACGGCCCGUAAAACCGUGGCAAGCAUUUUACGUCGCCAGUGGUUCGAAAAGUUCGAGAAACAAGCAGAAGCAGGUGGUAUUGGAAGCUAAGGACGGGAAGAUUAUCCUUCGGGACGCGUCCGCCGCGUAGCUGCUCGCGUUGGCUGAUGAACAUUCCGACCGAUGCUUCUUCCCCGGCACAUCCCGGUGACUUUGCUCCGCUUCGCAGGCUAAAGAGCCGUAGCAAAAUCAGUGUUACUAACGAAACCCAACAAAAAACAAAAUGUCCUAAAAGCCACGACCGACGCUUAAAUCAUAACCGAAACCCACCGAAUCAGUGCUUCACCGAGCCAGUAUUUGCCAACUUGCCGUAACGUCUUGCCGCGCAUUUAACCUCAUUCUUCAACCCGCUUUUAGCUCGUCCUAGCACCUUCUAACGACCGAUGAGGCUUGUGUGUCUGGCCGUGUCCUAUAAGUUUAUGUAAUAACCAUACGCGUGUGUUUGCGUAAGGUGUGUGCGUGUGUAUGUGUGCUGUAUGCUUUCUUGUGGUGCAAGGAUAAAGUGAAAUGCAUAUUUACCAUCCGGUUGCGUCCUGUGUAAUGCGAGGUGUAAUUGAGCAAACAAUUAAAUCGCACCACCGCCAGGAAGUGACAGUGAGCAACAGAAACUUUUGCCAACCGUGAAAGGGAAGCCUGUUUUCAGUAAGGAAGUUGGCCCGCAAAAAAAACGGGUUAGAGGUGUGCAAUUAAGGAAAGCAGUUUGAGGAAGCGACGGCGGAAAGUGGAUGCUUUCACGUGGAUCACGCUAAGCUGUUGAAAAGCGUCGGCGAAGCGAGAAAGAAGAAUAAAUCAUACCCUCGCCAAAACCCUCGCAUAAAACACCCACCAGAGGGCCGUUCGUCGCUUUUUCCUGCUGAGCGAUAAAGGAACAUGCGCUCGAACGGAACGUCAGAUCAGCUACUAGACAUCCCGUGGACAUGAGUGUCCCAUGACGCAUCGCGAUGCAUAAAAUUGCGUUAUGGCCCUGGUUAGCCAUAGCCUGGAGAUGGAGAAUCGUCAUUAUAUUGAAUUUGUUAGCACAAAGCUGGUGCGCCGGCUCUGUCCCGUCAAGUGGUUUAAAAACAAGCGAUGGAAGUAGCGUCGGGGACGCCGGCGAGGUCGGUGGCAGCGCGGGGAUGGGUGCCGGUGUGCCCAACCCGGUCGAGCAGGACACCGUGGUGCCUGGCGGAGCGACGACCCUCUACACCGAACGUCACUCCCUAACACCGACGGAGGAAGCCAUCGAAGACUCUCUGCAAACAAUUCACGAUAUCGCGACGGAAAACCUGGGCGCCCUCUGCCUGACGAAGCUUUACCGACCGCUAAAGAUAACGCUCAACCCGGAACGGUACACCGGCGCCCGGCAGAAGGCCGACCUGGCCGCGGUCGUACUGCAGGACGUGGGUGUGUCCCGGCACAACGGUUUGCUUGAUGCAUUGGCCAAGGGUUUGCUGUCCGACGCACACGUCACCAGUGCACGCAUCCUUUCGAUCAACGUUACCGACGGUUUGCUCACGAAUUCCGUCUGGUGGAACAAGGAACCGGGUGGUAUGGGUGCACCGUUGCGGAUAGAGGCCGAGGGGAUUGCGAUCGGUACCAAACCCGAUCCCAGCUAUCCAUGGUUUGAAGAUGAAACGUCGUCGCCCGGUUUGCGGUCACCAAAGUUUACGCCAACACCGCCAGACAUUUCGUACAAAGGCUGGUGGACCUACCCAUACUAUUCGUGCGGCCAGAAGAAGUGGAUCCUUUCGUACAGCGUCGCAAUCCCACCGAUGGGUCGGCAUGGCAUACGCGGAUUUCUUAGCAUCGACAUCGACAUCAGUGAUCUGCAGGUGAACCAGUGCAACAAUCCGAACCGCUUCGAAAUCCUUAGCUACAACCAACACCUCCGACAAUACUACCCGUUCGUGCGGAACCUCAAGCUGGGCGAGGAUGAGCAGCUGCGCCAGAUCGAAGCAUUUCAUGGGUCGCACAAGUGUCACGUACACAGCAUGCGGUGUGAGUACCGUCCGGUCGUCACCAGUGUUAUCAGCUCGGCGUCGCUAACGCUCGGUCCGAACGGCACAACCGGCGUACCGGCCAUGAUGCAAAGCUUGGUAAACGGGACGUCCGGUGGACCGGGCAUGGUGCUGGCAGCGGGCAGUGCACUUCAAACCGUGGUCAACGGUUGGACGCGUGGAGCCUAUCAGUGUCGAUGCAAGGAUGGGUUUUAUUCGUUCCGCCAUCCGGAUGGGUUCAACGGGAGCAUCAUGGAGGUGGCGUACCAGGAGUACCGAGAUAAUAUUAGCUCCUACUACAAGGAGGUGUUUGUCUGUGUGCGAUGUGCGCCCGGGUGUGCUACCUGCACCGGACCGGAACCAUGCCUAGCGAGCUACAAUUGGGCUUUCAGAACGACACUGCUCACCUUCUCCGUCAUGUGCGCCGGGUUUACCGUCGUGCUCGCACUGUACAUGUAUCAGCACCGGAAGGUGAAAGUGUUCAAGGUGGCCAGCCCAAUCUUUCUCACCAUCACGCUGCUCGGUUGUGCCUUCAUGUACCUGGAGAUGGCGGCCAUCUUUCCCAUCCUCGACACCUACUCGUGCAUCGCCACCAAAUGGACGCGCCACAUGGGCUUCUGCGUGACGUACACCGCGCUGCUGAUGAAGACCUGGCGCGUGUCGCUUACCUACCGCGUCAAGUCCGCACACAAGGUAAAGCUGACCGACAAGCAGCUGCUCCAGUGGAUGGUCCCGAUACUGCUGGUCAUGUUUAUCUACCUUGGCACCUGGACACUCUCAGCGCCACCGACGGCAGAGAAGAUCGAGGACCAGUAUGGGUUAAUAUUCAAGCAGUGCUCGUACAACUGGUGGGACCACAGUUUGGCCAUCGGCGAGGUACUGUUUCUGGCCUGGGGAAUACGCGUCUGCUACAACGUACGGAAUGCCGAAUCACUGUACAACGAGGCCAAGCUCAUCUCGUACGCCAUCUACAACAUAGCGCUGGUCAACACGACCAUGGUAGCAUUUCACUUAUUCAUUUUCCCCCAGGCGGGGCCGGAUAUUAAAUACCUGCUCGGGUUCAUACGGACGCAGCUUUCCACCUCGGUCACGAUAGCGCUCGUGUUCGGUCCGAAAGUUUUGCGUAUACUGCGCGGCCAGGGCGACCAGUGGGAUCAGCGGGCACGGAAACGCGGCAUCACCGCAUCCUUUUCGCUCAACGGCAUCGGGCUGGUGCCGGAAGAAACUGCCGACCUAUAUCAGGAGAACGAAGAGCUAAAGGAAGAAAUUCAGAAACUCGCUGCUCAAAUUGAAUUCAUGAAAAUUGUUCACAUGGAAAUGAACAAUCGCCAUCUGAAGCCGAAACCGGGCGGCUACUUCACCAUGAAAAGCCCGCUCGGUAAAUCGUUCGGUGGGGCGGGCGGCGGAACGGGCGGAGGCAGUGGCAGUGGUUCGCACCGGCACAAACACACCAAGGACGACUCGGUGAAGGAGCACAGUGGCGUCACGGAGGAUGGACACAGCGGUACGAACAGUUGCUACUCGGGCACGGCUAACUCCAUCGGCUUUGCAUCGCAACCACCGACCACCACGGCAAACAACAGUAGCGGAAUAACCGAGAAGGUAUGACAAGGCAACCGAGAUGGACAACACAACACGGCGGCGACGGGAGACACCGACACAAGCCCACACCAUUCCUCAUCCAACUCUGCCACGUACACGGCGACGGACAGUACGAACCAUCCCAGCGUUAGCUACAACAUCAACUACAGCGUCAACCAACCGAACCGGGCAAAGUCCAGCACCACCGUCGUCAUCAGCAGUAGCAGCAGCACAAAAAAAGCCGACCCGGGUCCCGGUAUCAAUCGCAACAACAACAAUAACAACAUCAUCAACAACAAUGGCAGUAGUUGCAGUGGCAGCAACGUAAAUAUCCUUCCCAGCGCUUCCGUCAGCCAGCCAGCCGGUGGUCCCGGCGGUGAUGGCGAUCCUGUUCGCAUGAUUGCUGCUGCUGCUGCUGCCGGUGCCACUAGCAACGAUCACGAUAACUGCAAUAAUAAUCAAAGCAAACCAUCGACGCGGGAAAUGACCUCGAUCGUAGUCGGGCGGGAAGCUCCGGAGGAGCAUAAUCGACUGAACAACAACCACAUCGUGCCACGGAUCGGGGAUGGUGUAGGGCCCUCGCCCGUAUCAUCCUCGCUACCGUCGCCGACCGUUUCGACCAGAAGCACACCCCGGACGGAUGAUGCCUCUAUCGAGCCCGAUUGCACGACGACUGUCGAUACGACCGAUACGAGCACACACUCGACCAGCGACACCGUCGAUCAACGCUUACCCGUGUACGUAUGAGAGAGAGAGAGUGCGAGCGAGAGGAUCGGUGCUGCUGACACGAGAUAACUGUUGUCCUUUGGUAUUGUAACCCCUUGUGUCGCGGACAGGCUGAGUGAUGCGAGCGGCCAAACCCUCCCGGGAAAGCAGAACAUAAAUCCUUCAGCGGCACGACAACGGCAGCAGCAAGAGUGCGCAUUAAAUAUGGCCGCAGAAUGAAGGACAUUCUGCACAACCUUCCCUGCCCGAAAGGACCCGGCAAGCGAAGGCACCAAACGAACCAACCAUCUCCAAGCACGUGAUAAUGAAGAGAAACAAGUGACACGAUGUCGAGCGAAUUACUUUACCCACCAUAGUGAGCCAAUGGUCGGUAAAAUCGUCCGCAUUUACCCACUUUUUUCUCGACCCGCCUCACUUGCAACCGUUGGCUGACGACGAUAUAUGUGUGUGUGUGCGUGCGUGUGCGAUUCUGUGAGUUUUUUGCGUGUUUGUAAUUACUGCCACCGGCCGUCUGUUAUGCUUGUUAGCUUGUCCUGACUGACGACCCCCGGUCACACAAUUUCUCUGUACCGAUGUGCUUGGUCAUGUUUUACGCUUAAAUUUGACCCAAGCAAACAGUAGCAGCAAGCAACAACGGAAUAAAGGGCAGCAGCAACACUCGUCUAUCCGUAAGGCAUGUUGUUGUUGCUGUAGUAGCUACCAGCUGCCGGAUGAACUGUUGGGCUGCUUCUUCACCGCGCGGUACAGUUGUUUAUUUUGUUCACCGUAGUUUACGGCUGUAAAUAGAGACGAGGGUGAAAAAAUCCGACAAAACCCACGGCCGAGGAUGAUUUAUGCUGCUUGGAACGAAACGAAAUGGUGAAGGAUAUCUGGCUGAUGGGACGAUUUGUCUGAAGAAUAGCACCCUGAAAGUGGUAGCAGUGCAAGCAGAACGACAGGCCAACCAUACGGGACCUCGUGAAGAGCUGCAGCUGGGAAAUGCUAACAAGUGUUACGGAAUUAUGGUCGAGAGGUUCGUCACCAGGGCACGCUCAACAAAGCGCUUCCACACAAACCCACACGCACCGACACACGGGAAGCAAACUACUCCCGCCGCCCUUUUUGCGCUCCUGUGCACCGAAGGCGAAGGACCGUAAAUGAAUCCAAAGUGAACAAUCAACUGGUGGAGCGGUGGCGAACGAAACAACUAGCUACAACGUCCUUGCUUUCCUCGACUGUGACAUCCUUUCGGAUGCGGAAAUCGGUCACGGGUGGCAGAGGGGGGAGGGUGUGGUGGUAGUUCCCGAAGCAGAACCAGCCAUGGGACACAGCUGCACCAGCGAUGGAGACGGCGGGAAAAACGAGCAAAACUUUCCCAUCAACAUUCGUUUAUGGCGACAAACUGGAAUGGCAUAAUGCAGUAAGCACGAACAACAAAAAAAACAUUACGACGACUUUCAAUUCAGUUAGCGAAACCAGUAUCUGCCUUCAAGGUCGAUCGAGAUUUACCGCCUAUCAAUCGACGUUUUCUCCGCUGCCUCGUCGGCCUGCUCCAUUCCAUGUGGCAUGGUAAAGGAAACAUCAAUAUCGUCGUGCGUUACUGGGCGAAAAAAAAAAUGGCGCAUAAAUCGCUGUCGAUCGUUGAGCCGUAAGAGGAGCCGAGAGCAAUUCAUUUCCGUACACCGUGCCGAAGUCUUGUGUGUCCAUCUCGGAAGCUGUUGUAAUGUGGUUGUGGUAAGAAAGGUUGGUGGAGAGACCAGGGAGAGAUAGGAAAACAUUGGCCAAAAAAAACAAGCCCAACCGUAGGAAGAAAUGUAGGUAUCGGGAUAGACAGCUAAUAGCGCCUCUAUCACAUAAAGUAGAAUUGCAUCCUAACAGUCGCAGGACAUUUGUACGGUGGCACCGGUUACACCGAUCCACACACAUGCAGUUGCAGUCGUGUGUGAGCCCGGGCAAGUGCGUACACGAGGAAAGCCACUGUAACCAGUCGUAGUUCGUUCCCGAUUCGUUCGCUAUUAAUAGCGGCAGCUCGGAACGCAUCUGCCGGGGAAAACGAUGCAGCCCAGGCAGCGCAUUCGCACACCCGCGCUAGAGCUGAUGAAAACCAAACAGGAAGAGCACUACGAGCAGUAAAUGAAGCGAAUGAAAAAAAAUAUUCCCACCCAGACUCCCCCAUACCACUCUCCGACUCACCAGGUCCAGGUAUUGAUUGCGCACGCUACUGGAAAUACGUCAUCGGGCACACGGGCCCUAGUUGAGAUCGUGUAUCAAUUUUUUUUUGCCUUGCUUAUCCACCAUUUCCAACUACCCUUGGUUGGGAAAAGUUUUGAUUUCAUUUUGCAACCCCCAAUUUCCCCGCCUUCCUCACACCGCCCUCUGGACAUUUAUGAAUGUGUAGGAUAGUGACCCUGCCAUCGCUCGGAUAUCUAUGCUCAACCUGUUGUGUUUGUGACUGUUGAAGAACGUGUUCAUAUUGCAGCAUGCAACACCGUGUUUGCAGUGCUUGUCAAUUAUUUGUAUUUUUAAAACCAAUCCCAAAACAAGGCAGGAAAGCCCCACGGUUAUCUGGACAAGCGAAAAUGGGAGCGAAUUGUAGGAGGGAAAAAAACCCAACUCAGAAGCUCAUAGAGAGAUGCAGCUCUAAAUAUAACACUCAACAAUGGACUGUCUGUUUUAAUAAUAGUUACAGAAAAGAAGUGAAAAAAACAAACAAACAGUGUAAACUUUACAUGCAAACAUUAUAAAUAACAAAACAUGAUAAAGCAAACGAGAUGUUCUAAAUAGUGAAGCAGCAGGCAGUAAUGAACCUUUAAAAAAAAUAAUCAAAAAACCUUGCCCCCCAAGAAAAGAAAAUGUUUUUAGUGUGAUUGUUAGUAGGGUAAUGAAAAAACAAGAAUAAAUAAAACUCAUAAAAUGGCGUUUAGAAAUGAGAGGGAGAGAGAGAGAAAAAAAGUAAAAAAAAUACCAAAAAAAGACAACUACGAUAGCGCACACGUUACAUAUACAAAACUGUUCAUGUGUUUUAGGAAAAAUCUACUCUAGAAAAACGCAUCUAAGAUGCUGGAUAAGACAAACAAAGAAACUUAAAAGCGAGAAACGACGACGCUAGAUGUAAUCUAACACUAUCGAUAGACUAAUAUAAACUAAUCGAAGCUAAGAAUAAUAAACUAACAUAAUGGGAGUGACUCAAUGGAAGAAGUCCUUUAAACUAGAAAACAAAACAGAUAACAAGACAAACAGAAGCAGCUAACACAGGACUACUAGACUACUAGACGUGUGUUACUAGCUAAAUGGUGAAUGUUUACACUAACUGUAUAACAGUUUCAACAGAAAAUAGCCAACAACCACAAAAAGCAUCUAUAUACUCUACCGCAUGUGUGUCGAUGUGUGAUUUAUGUAUAGAAAACAAACAGAAAAAGUAAUAUGAAAAAUGGGAAAAAUUAACCAAUUAAUUUCUUACAUCCAACAAAAAACAGACAAACCGAACCGAGGACAACAAAGAUGGUUAAAAAGAGAUGGAAACAAGACUGUAUAACAGAGUCGGGUAAAACAUUCUUAUUUUUACUACAUUCUUUUGUCGUUUUCCUGCGUUACGAUACUGAUGGUUAGUAGGGGAACUUUGUAAAACCUUUUCAUUUCUUCACCAUUUAUUUGCUUUUUCUUAAAUAAAUUGUAUUUUAGCUUGAUUUUAUUAUAAAUUAAGUUCCACCUUGUUGAAACUCCCCGUCGGAAGCAACCGGAAGCGUGCCAGCCCUUACGCUUCUAUCGUUCACCGGGCAGGUGUUUUGGUUUGGUGAAAACUCGUCGGUAAGGUUCUUUUAAAUUUUCCAUCACUUUCCCGCCUCCCAACCAUCCCACCAGCCUCCCCCCUCCCCGUAGCCCCUAGGGUGGGGAGGAGAAUGCGAGAUAGUGCCACAAAACAAAUCUCUGCAAACGCUGGAAAACUAACGCCGGGCAGGGCCACUGGUACGGUCGCCGUUUCUAUCGUUUCGAAUGGAAAAGGGGAAGGAAAACCGCGACCGUGACGAGAUUUUCGUACCGUUUUUUUUUUCAUCCGUGUGUGAGUGCGUUUGUUUGCUCGCGAGAAGCAAUUAUUGAGUUCCGGGUGAGAUGCUUGCCGCUCGGCAAGUAUGUGCCCUGGAGUACAAAGUGUUAUUAUUAUUAUCAUUAUUGCUCUUAUCAUACACACACCAACAUGCCACAGUUCGCUAACUUCUUGCUCGCAAAGUCCGGGCUUCGGAUGCCCUAGCAUCGAGUAAGUAGGGAAGCACCGGACCGAAAUUUGCUUCCCAACUCUACACGGCUUCUUUAGGUUUGGUGAACCAAGUUUGCUAAAGUUUCCAAAUUCCUUCAUCAACACGAAAAAAAAACCCGUCACACACACGCGCCGUGCGCACGUGGCCGAAGCGAAAAGGGAACGGCUUUAUGUGCGGCCAGCCAGCUGGUCCCCAGGAAGAUGGGGGCAGAGAACAGUCAGUCGGGAACGGGGAGCGAGAAAGUCAAGGAAGAAAAAUUUAAAAAAGCAUACCUUAAAGCAUGAACGCAUACAAGCGAAUGGCUGGCUGUGGAGGGAUUGUGCUUCCGCACGGGGUAUGGCACACGCCUUUGCACCGAGCCUUGUGCAAAGGGGGUUUGUGUGCGUGUGUUUUAAUGUUUAAUUGAGCGAAGCCUUUUGUUUAGUUUGUCAACUUAACAACUUUUGUUUUAUCACCGGUAGAGAAGCGAAGGAAGCGGCCAAAUUUCAACAAUUCACGAAACAAACUUAAAUAGAAACAAGGGAUACAGGAGGAAAACAUUACCAAGAAGGUGCACAAACACACUCAUAGACAUGUAUGUUUAAUCUACUACAAAAUAAUGAAGACACACACACACACUCUCAAAAGACAGAAUACACAAUAGAACCAUAAUGUGUCGCCAUGUGGCUAGUUUGCCACUCAAAUGAAGGAUUUACUGGAACUCCCCGUGUUUGAAUAAGUGUAUAAGUGUGAGUGUGCGUCGAUAGGAUGGUGCCCUAUUUUUGAGGACUACUUUUGGUUCUAUUUUCUAAUGCAAAACAGAAAAAAACUAGCAUAUUAUACAUGAAUACUUAUAGCAAACAUGGAAACCGAAAACUGUUAUACACUCUUGCCCACACAUGUGGCUCGGCGAUAACAACUGACGACAACAGCAACAAAACAAUCGACACAUUUUUUGUCCAACUAUCAGCUAACGACAUGCACUAACUUUCUCACCCCUUGCGCUCUAUUCCAUGCUCAUUCAAACGCUCCAGCACUAUCAGGAACCACAACAAUUCGAUCGUCGAAGGGUGGCAAUGUAAUGGCUGCUUCGCAUUACUUAACUACUUCUUUGUAGGGGAAGAGAGAUUCGAAAAAGAAGAAGAAGAAGCAUGCAAAACUAAACAUAAAAAAACGAUGUUAGCAGUUAAAUAACAUAAUCCCCCCUCCCCUCAUCUCUUACUCUCUAUAUUCGCCGUAUAAUGGAAUAGUUUAUGGAUCACUGUUGCCCCUUCCCAAGAACAAGAACAAAAAACAACAACAACAGAACAGAAAAA